AUGACCAAAGAUGGCGAUUCCGGGCCCAAGCUGCCCGUCCAGCAGCUGGCUAUCCUCGCCGUCGCCCGCUUCGCCGAGCCCCUCGCCUACACCUCGGUGAACCCCUACCUCCCCGACAUGAUUCGCGGCUUCGGCAUUCCCGAAAACGACAUUGCCACCUGGGCCGGCCUCACCUCAGCCGCCUUCUCCCUCGCCCAGAGCGUCACCGCCGUGCCCUGGGGCCGCGCCGCCGACCGCUACGGCCGCAAGCCCGUCCUCAUCGCCGGCCUGCUCAGCACCAUGACGUGCUUUAUCAUUUGGGGCCUGUCGACGAGUCUCCCCAUGGCCAUUACCGUCCGCGCCAUUCAAGGUGGCGGCAACGGAAACGUCGGCAUCAUUCGCACCAUGGUGGCGGAAAUGGUGCCGGAGCGCCAGCUCCAACCCCGCGCCUUUUCCAUCAUGCCGCUCGUCUGGUCGCUCGGCUCCGUCGUCGGUCCCGCCUUUGGCGGCUUCUUCGCCAAGCCCGCCGAGCAGUACCCGGCGCUCUUUGGCGGCAUCCCCUUCUUCACCACCUUUCCCUACGCCCUGCCGAAUCUGCUCGCCACCGUCUUCUUCCUCAUUUCCGCCUGCAGCGCCACGUUCUUCCUCAAGGAAACACUCGAGACCAAGCGCGAUCGUACGGAUUGGGGGCUUCUGGUCGGGCAGCGCCUCACGCGCGCCUUUUCGCGGAAGCAGAAAAAAGCGCGCACGUCGUCGUUUGUUGACGGCGAGGCCACGGCGCCGCUCGUCCCGUCCCGGCCGCUGACCCGCGGCCCCGGGAAGCCAGCGACGCUGGCGGACAUCUUUUCGUAUCAGACCGUCGUCACACUCCUGUCGUACUCAUUUCUCGCGUUCCACUCGGUGGCGUACGACCAAAAUAUCACCGUCUUCCUCAGCACGCCCGUCAUCCCGCGCACGCCCGACAACUACAGGCCGCCGCUGUACUUCAACGGCGGCUUCGGCCUCGACCCGGGCACCAUUGGCACCAUCUUCACCAUCUACGGCGUGACCAGCGCCGCGGUGCAGUUCAUCCUCUAUCCGGCUCUGGUCGCGCGCUACGGCGUCUUGCGCACCUUUCAUGUUUGCUCCAUCGCCUUGCCGGUUGUCUACUUCAUCACCCCGUUCGCCUCGCUCCCUGCUACCGCGCGCGGCCGCUUCCUCGCCAUCCUGGGCGUCAUGGUCCUCAAGGCCUUUUGCAUCAUCAUUGCCUUUCCCUCCACCACGAUUCUCCUCACCAACUCGUGCUCAUCGCUGCGCAUCCUCAGCUCCCUCAACGGCUUCGCUACCAUGUUCAGCGCCCUCUGCCGCGCCCUCGGGCCCGCCUCUACCGGCUGGGUCUUUUCCUGGGGCGCCGACCACGGCUACGUCGUCAGCGCCUACUUUUUCCUUGGUCUCGUCGCGCUGAUUGGCGCCGUGCCGGGGUUCUUGAUUAUCGAGGGUGACGGCCCGACGGCCGGUGCGGCGGCGGCGGCGGCGGCGGCGGCGCGCCAGGAGGAGGAGGAGAGAUGCAGCAUGCGGGAUAGCGCUAUCAUGCUGCCGAAUGAGUCGGCCGUGGUGGGCAGCGACGACGACGACGGCGACGGCGAUGAGAGGCGGCCGUUGAUGGCCAGACAGAAAAUUGGCGGCACCAAGUACCGCUCAAUUGCUAGGCGGGAAUAA